AUGGCUACUUCUGAAACCAACAAAGAUACUAACUGUAGUAGCCACGAUGGUGCAAGUACUCUUGAUUUUCCCAAGGGUAGUGGACGUCCUAGUUUAGGAAGUGAUGUUAUGUAUCAAUAUCAAGGUUUCUGGAGCUUUGCUAAAGCAAUUCAAGACGUAAAGAAUGCGCAACAGAACUUCAAAGCUUCAGAUACAGAUGUGGUUAUUUCCACACUGCCCAAAUCAGGCACCCUUUGGUUGAAAGCACUCACCUUCGCCAUCGUCAACCGUUUCCGUUACCCUUGUUCUCCUGCUUCAAACAAUUAUCAUCGUCAUCCCGUGCUUACCGUUUCACCUCAUGAUCUAGUUCCUUUCUUCGACUGGCGUCCAACUCCGGCCGAUGAUAGUCCUCCUGGUGAUGUCACUAUGCAUGAUUCUGCACGUAGACUUAUAGGCACCCAUGUCCCUUACCCUUCUUUGCCAGAAUCUAUUAAAACUAUUACAAACUGCAAGAUUGUAUAUAUGUGCAGAAACCCACGAGACAACUUAAUCUCUGCAUGGCAGUUUGCGAACAAACGGAGGGCAGCACUGCCACCAAGCAAUGAUAAUCUUCCGCCAUUGUCACUUGAAGAAGCAUUCGAGUUAUUCUGCGAUGGGAUAUCAAUAUUCGGACCGUUUUGGGAUCAUGUGCUUGGGUACUGGAAAGAGAGCUUAGAGAAGCCUCAUAAAGUACUGUUCAUGAAAUACGAAGAUUUGAAGAACGAACCGAACACUCAUUUGAAGAGACUUGCAGAAUUCAUGGGUUGCGGUUUCACUUCAGAAGAAGAGAGACAAGGAGUGAUUGAAGAUAUAUCAAGGUUAUGUAGUUUUGAGACCAUGACGAGUUUGGAAAUGAAUAAGACCGGAUCUUGGAAAAAUCAUAUCGAGAAUAAAAUCUUUUUUAGGAAAGGUGAGAAUGAUGAUUGGAAGAAUUACUUGACUCCAGAGAUGAUAAAUCGACUUGAUUAUCUCAUGGAAGAGAAGUUGCAAGGUUCAGGUUUAGUGUUCCGGUAUAAUCAUCCUCCAAGUGUCGCAAAUUAGAUUAAGAAGGGUCUGCUUUGACGCGUAAGUUAGGAUUUUCCCCAAGCCAAUU